AUGAAGCACCUACAGUUCCCAUAUAUGAUGUCAGCGACCGCAAUUCUCUUUUGUCGACCGUCGAGUAAUGUAACAAAUGCUGCAUACAUUACCAAGAAAAAAACUGGGAGAGCAACUAAGCCUAUUCCUGACAAAGACCUAAGACUGGAUAGGGUUGGGCACUUCCCGAUCAUUUCUGAGAAAAGAGGCUCAUGUAAGCUGCCAGGAUGCACUGGUAAGGUAAAGAAGAAGGGUCAGGAAAAUUCCCCGAUAGCCAGUGGCACUGUGGUCAUCUUCCGCGGCAAGAGUGCCUCUGUCUUCGCUGGAAAACAAGCUUCCAGGAUGACGUCAUUGAAUGUGCAACUGAUCUUGCUGUGUCUGCUUUGGCACAGGGCUACGGCCACCAUCCAGGAAUCGGCUGCUGCAGGAAACAUAAAUCAAGUGCAGACCUUUUUGGACAAUGGAGUCAGCAUCGAUAAUGUAGCUCAGGGCCGGACUGCGCUGACAGCAGCGGUAGAGAACAACCAGUACGCUAUGGUCGAAUUCCUGCUCGAUGCAGGCGCCAACAUCGACCUGCCAAGAACUAAUGGCCGAACUCCAAUCAUGCUGGCUUCCAUAAAUGGCUUUUACGACAUUGCCGUGCUCUUGAUAGAAAGAGGUGCCAAUCUGGAGCUGGAGGCUGGCGGCCAAACAGCUUACAGUUUCGCAGUGACAAACAAUUUUGCGACUAUUGCUUGUUACCUGCAAGAAAGUGGAGCAUCUACAGCUGGUGUAAACGAAGGUUCUAUAAGCGGAAAGUGCGCCUCUGGUGAAAUUGAAUACAAUACUGGGGAUAACUGGUGCGAAAAUGGAACUGCUGUGACCUGUGCAGGGACCUGCGACACCCAGAGCUUGAAUGUGUCCUGCGAAGCACUGACUAGCACAGUACAAAGUACUGUUAUGACUACUUCAACAGGUGAAGCCACAACCACAGUAGCAGCAAUAACAACAACCGCAGCAAACACAUUUAUGACAAUAAGCACACUUACACCGCCAGCCACGGUUACAACGAGCACGACCGAGUUUCAGCCUCCCGUGACAGCACACUAUGUAAGGUGAUACAGGUCGACAGAGGCUAGCAGCAUAGAAAUGUACACAGCAGUAGCAGUGAUGGAAUAGCUAACAGAACCAGUGGGGGGACCAAGUAUAGGUCUAAGUAGGAAUCGCAAAGCAAGCUCUCCCUUUGCUUGCGGAACGACUUCCGUGACGACAGACGACUGGAUCACCGCGUGAGCCUUUGACGGGAGCUACCAUGAGUCGGUUCGAGGAGCUGCUUCGAGAUGCUCUGCGGUCAGGACGGCGAGCCGACGCCCUCUACUGCUG